CCAUCAGAAAUCCGCCUUCUAAAGCUAUAUCAGGGCGAGCUUGACGACGAGGUCCGCUGCGAGCUUCAGCAUGUUUCCCUAGCAGCAACGCCGGUAUAUGACUACAUCGCGCUUUCCUACGUCUGGGGAAACCCAGAGAUAACUGCUCCAAUACUUCUGUGCGGAGAGAAAUAUCCUGUCACCACCAACCUGCACUCUUUCCUCCGACACGCACAGAAUAUCUCGCAAGAUCCCGGCCUAGAUCGCUGCCAUCUAUACAUGUGGAUAGAUGCACUGUGCAUCAACCAGCAGGACCUGAAUGAGAGAAGCCAGCAAGUUGGCAGAAUGAUGGAAAUCUAUGAGCAUGCAUCGUCACUUUUUGUUUGGCUAGGGGAGCCUACGAAAUAUGUC